GGUUGUGGUCAUUGUACAAGACGAGUCAGUUUCAUUAAAUAAACUGCUACAGUGUACAUGUGUAACUUUGACAUUUCACACGUGUUCACUUUAUCUUUGCUGCAGGUUCUGCGGAAAUUCGUUUAUGAUGCAAGAUAGCGGUGUUUUAGUUUGUUUAAGCCUUUUGAGUGUAGGCGUUGUCAUUUAACCACAGUACUGUCGACUGUUAGUUUUGAACUUAGUUACGCGUUAUUCGAGUAAACUGAGCGUAGAAGUGAACAGGAUCAUAAUUCUACGUAAUAAUUGUCCGCAAUAUUUGAUAGUACCAUGCCAGUAACAACAAAGUUGAGGCAGUCUGCAAAUCCUGUCGAUCAGGCAACUUUGCCGAUAAACGAACGAAUUUUGAGAGAAUGUCAUAACCUAUAUACCGACCCUGACAAAGGAUUAAUUAAAAUAGCAGAGCAGUUUGGUCUAAAAUUAUUAGCUCCAAGAAAAAAAAUUAUUGUCCUUUUAAUAGGAAAUCAUUCAGCAGGAAAAUCAUCCUUCAUAAAUUGGUACAUUGAGGAACAUGUUCAGAAAACUGGUGUGGCAAUUGAAACACAAGGUUUUGUGAUUGUUACAAGCGGCAGGAAACGAGAGACUCUCAUGGGUAAUGCUACUCUGCAUUUGUACCCACAUUUCAAACCAUUGCAACAUAUACCAGGUGUUGUGGACUUCUUAUCCACGGAGAUAUCAACUUCAAAGCAGAAAAAAUUUAGCCUUGUCACUUUUGUGGACACUCCGGGUCUUGUGGAUGGUGGGAUGGAGUACCCAUUUGAUGUUAAUGAGGCUGUAUUGUGGCUAGGAAAGAUGGCUGAUUUGGUGUUCGUUUUCUUUGACCCAAUUGGCCAGGCACUUUGUAAAAGAACUCUCAACCUAGUUGAGGCCUUAAAUAAAACCCAAACAGAAAAAAUGCGUUUUUAUUUGUCCAAGGCAGAUGAUGCUGGGGAUGAGUCUGAUCGACAAAGAGUAAUGAUGCAGAUUGUUCAAGAAUUGUGUAAGCGGCCUGGUCUGAAUAGGACUGGAUUUGACAUGCCGACUAUUUACAUACCAGAAUUAAACAAGCAGCAGACAAGAUGUGCCAACCAAAUUGAGAAUGUGUGCAAAGACAUAGAACGCACUAUUAAUCAAACUAUACAAAAUACACUGAAUACUUUAGAGAAAGACUGUGAAGCUAUUUCAAAGCUUGUGUCUGAACGACUCCAGAAAGAUGAAGAAGAUCGUAAUUUCAACUACAGAACUUCUGGCCGUGCUUUCUUAUUGGGCUCUACAGCAGCAUUUGUUCCAUUUCUUCUUUUUAUUAACAUGGUGAUAUCACUACUAGGAGAAAAGAGAAUAAAAUCUCUCAUUGGCAGUGAGAAAGCUGAUAGUUUACUUCACUACAUGUCACCAGUACGUAUGCUGUGGUCAUUUGUCCCAGAGCACCAUCAGUGGAAGCUACUUAUAGUUUUUGUCCUGAUGUCAAUUGCUCUCUUCUUCCUGACUAAAUGGUCUAUUGGUCUUCGUCCAACUUUGUCACGUAAGCAGAAAAAUUACUUCACGGAUGUCAGGAACCAUGUGGAUAAGGUAGUUGCAGUUCGGAAGCAAGAACUUUAUCGUGAAUAUUUGAUGCAAAGUGUUGGAGACCAAGAUAUGUAGAGAACAUAAUUUUUUAAAUCAUGUGCAAAUGUCAGUUUGUAUUGGUUUAGAAUGUGUGAAAUUAACAGCGCUAAGAACAGUGCUGCAGUAUGAGCUAUCAUUAUGUUAUGUUACUGAGGUAUGCAGAAGAUUGUUUCUGGGGAAAAGAUUUUUGUACCCACUUAAGUAUAUGCAUUUAGGUUCACAUUUUGCCUUCCAUGCAGUAAGCAUGUAUUACUAUAAAAAUAAAAUGAAAGCUUAUUGAAGCACACGACUGUGUCUUACAGUCUUGUAUGCAAAGAAAUUGGCUGAAGUAGCAAAAUGGAUCAAUGUUCCUAUCUGAUUCUGUGCUAUGUUUGACUGAAUGUCAUAAUCACAAAAAAUGUGAUUAUCUGAAACAACUGACUUCCAUGACAAAAUUUAUUUCAAAAUAGCAACUGAAAGUAAAGUAUGCUAGUUUUAAAUUCAAGUCAUAAUUCUGUCAUUUUGUUUGAACAACACAGAAAUGGCUGCUUACAAGAGGCAUUCCAUUUAGUGCUUUGUUAUUAAACCAUUAGUUUAAAGAUAAAACAGUGUAUUCUGUAUUUUAAGUAAAAUAUCUGUUCUGCUUUAGUACGAAGUUUGUCAUUUUAAAAUGAAUUGCAUUUUAUUGUUACAAUUAGCCAGGUGUUAUACAUCAUUUAUUUGUAAUUACAUUUUCCCUUUUUUCUAUAGAAUGUUUAUUACAUUGUUAACUCAAAACUGUGUGUGAGUAUUUAGUUUCAAGUGAAAAUGUAUUAAUGAGGUGCUACACUAGUGCAUUGUUAUAAUGUCCAAAAUGUUUACUCAGAAUGUAAUUUUGUACUACAGGUGUGUGAGUUAAAUGAAUCCCUAUGUUGAAAAUCACUUGUUACAAACAACAUUUUAAAAUGAAACUAUCCUUGUAUAUUUUCCUAUUUUUGUAUGUAUACAGCAAGAGGAAAAUAAAUUAAGUCAAAACCUCCUAAGGAUCUUGAUGUAAAAGUGUGCUGCUAUUUUCAAACUUAGUUUUGCAGUUGCUAUGGUAAUGUUUUAUGAUGUGGUUUAUAUGAAAUUGUGUUUUGCAACAAUUUAAAUUUGUGUAAUUGGUUCUGAAAAAUGCCAUAUAUAUUUCAUUGUGUUAGAUCCUGAUAAUAUAUAGCAUGAUUUCUUUAAAGUAGUAUGGUAUUUAAAUUUUCAUUUCAAAUUCCUGAAACGUUCUGUAUUUUUGUAUCAUCUGACAUACUAUUGAAAACUUCAUAAACUAUUAUUCAGUAUGAAAUAUCCCCAGCAAAAAUAAGAAUUAAAACAAAUUCAAUUACAGGAGUAUGAAGUGAAGUCUGAAACACACAAGGAAGGUACAAACAAAUGAAGAAGAUGUGAUAAAGGACUGCAACCAGGUUGAGGGGAGAGAGACUAAUUGAGGUUGCUAAUGGUUGCCUAAAACACACAUUAUUAAUAUCAUUGCUACUACUAAUACUACUGUAUUUCAGCCUAUCAUUCGAAACCUACAAUUACCCUUUUCGCAGCAUCACCAAGUCAUCAUCAGAUUAUCUGUUUGCAAAGAAAGAGAAAGGUGGUAGUAAAAUACUAGAUAACUAAAUUCCAAAUCCAAUUAUUUCUGUAAGCAACUAUACAUACUUGAAUAUGUUCCAAAGUAACUUGUCGAUUCAAUAGGUACAAAGAGACACUCCCUACAAACGUAUCAGCUCACUGACUGUUGAAACUGAAAACUGUGGUUAACUACAUAAUAGUAUCAGGCUCUUUACUCUUAAAUCACAAAUAUAAGAUUAAAAUAUUCACAAUGUAAAAGUGACUGAAAUAAAAACUUCCCAAAGUGAAAGGUUGUAAAAAACCUUAAAUCCUGGAGUAGAUUUAAGUGAUUGCUUGUUUUUUCCCGCUCGCCACCCGAGAGAGGAACGGUAGAAAGACAGCUUGAAGGUGGUUCAUUGAACCCUCUGCCAGGCACUUAAUUGUGAAUAGCAGAGUAAUCACUUAGAUUUAUAGAUAAGCUAGAAGUAAAUUAGAAGCAGGUUAAAUGAGAUCUGCCUGCAGUUGUCAACUGUAGCAGCCUAAUAGCUGCUGGCUGCCACAUGUGUCAACUAAACAGUCAGUAAGAAAGAACUGAGAAAUCAACUUACUGUGAGACAAGUGUGAGCUGAUAGGAAAGGGAGCCUCAACAAAUGGAAAAAGGGGAAAAAAAAAACAGAGAAAAGAAAUGAUCAUUGAUCAUGGUAUUAUUGGCUGGGAGACCCUGUUUGGCUGCCUGGUGCAAGUUUCUAUUUGACACCACUUUAGCGACUUGCAUGUUGAAGAUGAGAUGAAAUGAUUAAGACACGACGAACACUCAGUCCUGGGCUGUAGGAAAUCUCCAGCCCUGCCAGGAAUUGAACUGGGAGCUCAUAAUCUACAGGUAGUGAUGCUAACCAAUAGACACGAGCUGCUGGCAAGAGAGAUCAUAACAAAUCAGACACCACUUCGACAAAGGCUUUGUCAUGGUAAUUGCUUUGUUCAUUUACCAACUUCUGUGGGUACUUUUCCAAAUUGGUAAACAUUUCAAUUAUGUCCAAAUGGCAUCCUUUAUGACCAUAACAUGAUGUUCCUUUAUGAAGACAAGAUAAUGUCAAGGUGUUGAUCUAGGCAUCCUACUU